AUGAUAGUUGCUGAUUCGGGAAUUCAGGUCAAUGACUACGCUGUCCCUAAGAAUGAAGAACCAGUUCAGACAUUCGGUUGGGAAUUCGUUAUAUACCUAAAGACACCCCUUAGCACACUUCUACACAUAGCACAUAAUAUAUUGGUAAUUGAAUGUCCCCGACUGAGGCAAGAAUGGACGCAAGAUACAAACGUAUGGUACAGUUGGCCAAGGUUUAUUUGCAGAUCAAAGGAUGCAAUGAAUGUUUCUUGCAGCACCCCUGUCGAAGUUGAUAUGAUGAGGAAGGGCAAUAAGAGUUUUGACAGCAGUUAUUGCCCAUUUGAUAAGGUCGACAGAAAUUUCAAGUUUUUACCAGUAACAAAUAUUUGGGAGUCUCCUAAAUUUAUUGAUAUUUCUUCCAUCCAUACCCCAGUAACACCUCUAGCUGAAAAACAAUGGGAAAGACGGAAGAAGCUCCGAACUGAAAGCCACGGGCAGGUAAUGGGAUGGCUCGAUGAAGCCAAGAACUGCACCUGA